UUGGGUGUUAUCUUCUCAAAGGGCAACUGUGCCACUGAGGAGCAAGUCUGGGAAGUGCUGAAUAUGAUGGGAAUAUUUGAUGGAAUCGAUCACUUCUUCUUUGGCGAUGCUAGAAAGCUCAUCACCAGAGAUUUAGUGAGAGAAAAGUACCUGGAGUACCAGCAGGUGCGCAACAGUGAUCCUCCACGCUAUGUAUUCCUGUGGGGCCCAAAAGCCUACGCUGAAACCAGCAAGAUGAAAGUCCUUGAGUUUUUGGCCAAGAUCCAUAAUCGUGCUCCUAGUUCCUUCUCACCCCUGUAUGAGGAAGCCCUGAAAGAUGCGGAAGAAAGAGCCCAAGCCAGAAUUGCUGCUAGAGCUCGCUUAGGCGCUGCAGCCUGUUCACGUUCCAAGGUCAAUCCCAGCAGCUUUACUAGUUCCAAGUGAAGUGUAACAAAGACACUUUGCUGUCCUUUUAAAGAGAAAAGCUAAUGUUCUCUCUAGUGGAGGGUGGCAUGAGGUUUGGCAACAACAUAGUGUAUAGUGUGUGUUUCUGUUCUGUGUGGUAAUUUUGGUAACUUAGAAAUGUUUUGUUUUGCU